UACCGCAUCCAGCUCCGGGGUCCUCAGUACGGGAAAGACACGGACCCGUUGGUGCGGGUCCAGAGGAGGGACACAAAGGUGAUGGAAGACCUCUGCCCGUGCACCGGCAACGGGGUGGAGGUGACCAGGGCCGUGGGCAGGUCCGUCACCUUCCGACUCCAGAGCCCGGGUGGAAAAGCGGCAGCCUGGAGCUUUCAAAACGAUGUCAUAGCCACCGUCAAAUUCGGCAAUCCUCCCGAAGCCACGUUUUUUGAUGAGAAAUACAAGCAGCGCUUGACCUUCCUCAAGGAUGGCAGUGAGCUCACCAUCUCCCAGCUGAGGAUGGAUGAUGCCGGCACCUACACCGCGAAGAACUCAGGGGUAAAAACCACCUUCACCCUACACGUGUACAGGGAGCUGGCGGUGCCGACGGUGACCUGCACGGCACGGAACUGCUCGGCCGACGGUUGCCGCUACACCCUGCACUGCACCGCGGCGGGCUCCGGCUCCGGUAACGUCUCCUAUGGCUGGAGCAUGGGGGGCUCGCAGAGGAGAGAGGGGCCCAUAGUGCUGGUGGAAGAAUCAUCCCCCGAUGAGUUGCCGCUCACAUGCACGGCGCGAAACCCCGUCAGCAGCCGCAACACCACUGUCAUCUCGCCCGCUGCCCUCUGUGCAGGCACCUACUCCAGCGGGCAGGCUGGGAUCGUGGCUGCAUCGGUGAUCGGAGCCGGAGUGCUUUUAGCAGUGGUUAUCUUUGUGAUCUACUGUAAAUCCAAAGGCUGGAUGAUCUUCCGUCUGCCUGCAGCCGAGGCUACGAACACAGAGGCGGGAGCAGAGUACAUGACGGUGUACGCCCAAGUCGGCCCUUCCCGGCAG